AUGUUACAAGUCGUCGGAUCGUCCACUCAUUCCAUCAGUCGUCCAAUCGUCCACUCAUCCCAUCGGUCGUCUAAUCGUCCAUUCAUUCCCAUCAGUCAUCCAAUCGUCCACUCAUCCCAUCAGUCGUCCAAUCGUCCACUCAUCCCAUCAGUCGUGCAAUUGUCCAGUCAUCCCAUCAGUCAUUCAAUCGUCCACUCAUCCCUUCAGUCGUCCAAUCGUCCAGUCAUCUUACAGGUCGUCGGAUCGUUCAGUCAUUCUAUCAGUCGUCCAAUCGUCCAGUCAUCUCAUCAGUCAUCCAAUCGUCCACUCAUCCCUUCAGUCGUCCAAUCGUCCAGUCAUCCCAUCAGUCGUCCAAUCGUCCACUCAUCCCAUCAGUCGUCCGAUCGUCCAGUCAUCUUACAGGUCGUCGGAUCGUCCAGUCAUUCCAUCAGUCGUCCAAUCGUCCAGUCAUCCCAUCAGUCAUCCAAUCGUCCACUCAUCCCUUCAGUCGUCCGAUCGUCCAGUCAUCUUACAAGUCGUUGGAUCGUCCAGUCAUUCCAUCAGUCGUUGGAUCGUCCAGUCAUCCCAUCAGUCAUCCAAUCGUCCGCUCAUCCCUCCAGUCGUCCAAUCGUCCAGUCAUCCCAUCAGUUGUCCAAUCGUCCACUCAUCCCAUCAGUCAUCCAAUCGUCCAGUCAUCCCAUCAGUCGUCCAAUCGUCCGCUCAUCCCAUCAGUCGUCCAACCAUCCAGUCAUCCCAUCAGUCAUCCAAUCGUCCACUCAUCCCAUCAGUCGUCCAAUCGUCCACUCAUCUCUUCAGUCGUCCAAUCGUCCACUCAUCCCAUCAGUCGUCCAAUCGUCCAGGCAACCCAUCAGUCGCCCAAUCGUCCACUCAUCCUAUCAGUCGUUCAAUCGUCCAGUCAUCCCAUCAAUCGUCCGAUCGUCCACUCAUCCCAUCAGUCGUCCAAUCGUCCACUCAUCCCAUCAGUCGUCCAAUCGUCCAGUCAUCCUAUCAGUCGUCCAAUCGUCCACUCAUCCCAUCAGUCGUUCAAUCGUCCACUCAUCCCUUCAGUCGUCCAAUCGUCUAGUCAUCCAUCAGUCGUCCGAUUGUCUAGUCAUCCUAUCAGACUGGCGCUCGAUUAUCUGA